CUUGCCAAGUUGCGCCAUCUAUCAAACUAUCGUGAAAACAAAGCACAAUGACGGACCAAUCACAGCGCGGUAUGUCUUGCCAUUGAAACUGCGCGCCACCGGCCGGCUUUGGCCUUCGCUGGUGCGUGUUGUUGAUCUCGUUGGGUGCUGCGCGUCUGGUGUAGUUGAAAGCUUUGACUGGUUAUGUUGCUUCGAACAGGUCGUCAAGCUUCGCUUUGAGAUGGACUUUAUAUCAGCUAUGGACUUUGUAGCCGAUAUGAUGCGAUUUUUGCUGAUGUUCGUAUUCCCCGCUGUAGAACGUGAAAUAUCCAACCCCGAUGACUGGAGCGACGUCGUCGCCAUGAAGGCCGCACGGGAAAUCUUGAGGAGAGUCAGCUACCCGGACGAAGACACUCGGCGGUCGCUGUACGCGUCGUGGCUGAGGGUCGUUGCCUCCACCAGAUGGCAGCAGUUGUUCGACCACCUCAUGCUGGAGUGCGUGGCUUCCACGCCGUCGCCGUCUGCCCCCUGGAAGCCGCUCUUCGCCAGCAUCUACAGAGUCGAGGACGUCAUAUACCUGCCUUUACGGGGUGUAAUAGAGCCUGUGCUGAACCCCGACAAGAUCCCCACACUCUUUGCACACAAGCUCGAGGAUGUCGAGCCGCUCCCUUCGUCCCCUGGGUUCGUCGACUUCCUCGCCGACCUGAUAAGGAAGAGUCGCAGCUCUCGGGCGGCCCUGAACGAGGCCGGCCUGAUCAUCGGCUUCUACAGCCUGGCGCUGGCCGUUGUCGCAGCCAAGCCCGUGAGAGAAGUGCAGGACUUCUUCCGCACCCGGAUGAAGAUGGCGCUGGCCGCGGCUGUGCCCACGUCGUUCGACGGAGACGUGUUGGUCCCCAACGGCAGGUUCCUGACCGAACUGGCCCGCAAGACGUACUCGCCCGAGGGAGAGGUGAAGCCUUACAUCGUGUUCCUGGUGCUGGGUCAGUAUGCAUACCACGUCAACGCAGCAGAAGCACAGCCCAGCGCCGACGUAAGGUUCCUGGAGGAAGGUUUUCUGACGCCAGCCAAGUUCGGUCACCUGGACAUAAUACACCUCCUGUACGUCGUGCAAGAGAAGACUGCGCUCAGCGCCAAGGUGCUCAACCGCAUCUUGCGUGAUAGCCACUCGCAAGAGGUAGACCUGUCUAGCCAGCGCGUUCGCGAGUUCCUGGCAGACGCUGACGAGCCGAUGCAGCGAACGAGGCCGUGGUGCCGCACAGCCAGCGUUUGUUUCUUCCUAGACCUCAACCUGUGCGAUCACGUGGACUACGCCAUGAGGCUGACGGCGUUCGUGGCGCCGGACCCCAACGACCUGUUGUGGAAGAGACCGGAGUUUGCCGAUGUACCAGCGGGACGAAUGAAGGAUGCUCGACUCUGGGCCCGCAACUUCAAGCGAGCCUUACGGAAGGGAAAGUACGGUACAGGUCCCAGGCUAGGCCAGUAACGAGUUGGUACGAUUUGAGAAUCCACCGUUAACGCUGUGCGGCCUUUCAAGUACUCUCCGUAGCCAUGUGAUUAGACUGUCUAGUCAAGCAUCAAGGGGAUGCUGAAACAUUCCACCUUACCCCAAGCUUAAUGCAGCCGCUAUGUGAGUCUGGUGAUAAAAGCUGUCCUAAUGCCAAAUCCAGCAUCAAAACAUGCGGGAAUGUUUCACACUGACGCUUCACCUUGCGUUGUAUGCCUUCAACAUUUUGUUGCGAUACCAUACCAGUGCCAAAUUCAACACCCAAGAGUACAGCGGAAUAUGUUGUCUCGAAGUUUUUCCUUGCCCCUAGUUUUCAUGAAGACCUUUUUGGCACUUUCUGUAGCAUUGUCAUUCUCCAACAAAGCGAUAAUGCUGAGAUGUUUUAUCUUUAAACCUUUCAUUUCAAUGAAAAAUACAGCUACUGUGUUUUAACC